UCUUCCUAGAGAGGACAGGAAGCAAGGGGGGCCCAGGUCCUCCAGAGCCAAGGCCCCUCCCUCCCUCGUCCUCCUUUCCUGCUUUGGUGUCUCUCCUGCAAGGGCUGCAUCGCUGUCCCUUCACUCCUGGGAUGGUCGGGAUUUGCUAGAGCUUCUCGUUAAGACGGACAGGGUUUCUUCCGAUCUCUUAGAGGCUUCCUGAAAGCACAGAUGGAUGAGCGAGAUUCAGCUAGCACUGAAGCAGGAAGAGGCCAUGCCAUCCAAACUGGGAGCAGUGGGGAAUUUUGGGAAAAACCAGUGCAGAAGAUCCUGGGUGAGGAGGACGCCCUCCGCUCAGAGGUGCAGAGCCAGCAGUUGAGGCAGUUAUGCUGCCAGGAGGCCAAAGGACCCCGAGAGGUUUGCAGCCGACUCUACCACUUUUGCCACCAGUGGCUGAAGCCAGAAAGGCACACGAAAGCUGAGAUGCUGGACCUGGUGAUCUUGGAGCAGUUCCUGGCUGUCCUUCCCCCGGAGAUGGAGAGCUGGGUGAGGGAAUGCGGAGCGGAGACCAGUUCCCAGGCGGUGGCCCUGGCCGAAGGUUUCCUCCUGAGUCAGGCAGAGGAGAGAAAGCAGGUGAGAGAGACUUUCCUCUGGAUACUCCCAAGGGGCUCCAAACAGGACAGAGAACAUCCCAUAAUGGUCUACUGAUGGCCGAUCCGUUUUCUGGGAAAGCAUCCAUAGAAUGAGAUCUCACACCCUUCAAGUCUUUGACAUUCUCUUUUAAAUAUUUCUCCCCAUUCUCUGUUUUGAAUCCUUGUUUCUUUUUCAGGGAAAG